AAGUAUUUUAAAACAUGGGCAAAAUCUUGAGUAAACUCCAUUGAUGGAGUUGUUUCUAACAUUCACAACUAUCAUAUAAUAAUUUACAUUAAUUCCAGUUUAAAAACUCAUUCACCACAUGCCCAUGCAGCAACAAAGGUUUCAUCAACUUCAAUUUGCGCGGCAAUCACAAUUGUUGUGUAUGUUGUUUAGCAAUGUUCGUAUUCGUUACCGUGUGAUCAGUUCUCUGUUUUUGGCCACUUAUAUUAUGUCCUGAAAAUGUCCUGCACAUCCGAGGAAAUUGCCGAAAAGCGUCGAAUGGCCAUAGAACGGUUGAAUGCACGCAAAAAGUGUCUGGAAAGCCAAACCAACAGCAGUGGCGGCGGUAAAGCAGCCACCGAACGAAGCAAUGUCCUGCCGGCACAAGCAGCAGCAGCAGGAGCGAACAACAAAACUCCGCUCACUAUCAGUACAUUUUACGGUGGCAAUCAAUCAUCGUUUGGCAAAUCGAGCUCAUCGUUCCAGGCUAAGCGUGGCCCACCGGCGCUACCGUACGCCAAACCGGCACAGAAAAACUCGACACCCUCCAAGGUGGCACCGGUCUUCGUUCGGACGGUUACCUGUGCCUGUUCGAUCGUGUCCGACACACGGUUCGUCGUCGAAACGAAUGGGUUCAACGAGCAGAUGAUCGACAUUUUCAAGCAAAUUCCUUCAAAAAGUUACGAACCAAACUCGAAAAAGUGGACGUUCGAGAUGAAGGAUUAUAGCCUGCUGCAGGAACGCAUUGCUACCCUCAACCCGCACGUAGUGCUCGGUGGCAUUCCCAAGUUUGUGAUGCAAGAGUUUGCCAGUGGUCCGAAGCCAAAACCCAGCAGAAUAUGUUUGAAUGCAAUCGAACCAUCCCUGGUGGAAAGCUUGCUUGGUUUCCAGAAGGAAGGAGUCGCAUUCGCCAUCGACAAGGGCGGACGGGCGCUGAUUGCCGAUGAGAUGGGGCUGGGCAAAACGUACCAAGCGAUCGCGGUCGCCGAUUUCUACCAGCAAGAUUGGCCACUGCUCGUCUGCACCACGGCCUCGACGCGCGACAGCUGGGCGCACAAGAUCCGCCAGCUGUUGCCGCACAUUCCCGUGCACAGUAUCGCUGCGCUGAACAGUGGCCAGGAUUACAUUGGCGAGUGUCGCGUGCUCAUCGCGAGCUACUCGAUGAUGGAACGGUGCGGCGAGAAGCUGCUCGAUCGUGGCUUCGGUAUGCUGAUCUUUGACGAAUCGCACACGCUGAAAAACUUUAAAGCGAAAUGUACCACCGUCGCGAUGGCGCUGGCCAAAAGGGCACGGCGCGUUGUGUUGCUGUCCGGGACGCCGGCCCUAUCGCGGCCGGUGGAACUGUUCACCCAACUGCAGAUGUUGGAUGGGAAGUUUUGUAGCUUCAAGGAGUACAGUACGCGGUACUGUGCCGGCAAGCAGAGCAACUUUGGCUGGGAUGCAACGGGGCAGUCGAAUUUGGCUGAGCUGAAUCUGCUUCUGGCGCGCAAGUUUAUGAUCCGCCGGACGAAGGACGAGGUCAUGUCGGAGCUGACGGAGAAGAACCGGGAGACGGUUGUGCUCGAUCCGUCCUAUCUGUGGACGAACGAGGAGGUGGAGGGUAAUAUGAGCUCGUAUGCGGCGGAUUACAGCACCAGCAAGGGACGGCAGCGGGAGGAAGCGUUGAUUAAAUACUACAGCGUAACGGCGGAAGCGAAAGCACCCGCCGUAUGUGCCUAUCUGAAGGAAGUUGUAAAGGAGAAUAAGAAGUUUAUCGUGUUUGCACACCAUCACGUCAUGCUCGAUGCCAUCGAGAAGAGUUUAUCGAAGCAGAAGGUUGACUUUAUUCGUAUCGAUGGCUCAACGCGAUCGGAUCUACGUGGAGCAUUGGUGGAAAGAUUCCAAUCGAAAGCAACCUGCCGCGCCGCUGUCCUCUCACUGAAAGCGUGUAAUGCGGGCAUUACACUUACCGCGGCUCAUUUGGUGCUGUUUGCCGAGCUCGAUUGGAACCCAAGUACCCUAGCACAGGCCGAAAGCCGCGCCCACCGUAUCGGCCAAGCGGAUAACGUCACCGUGCGCUACCUUCUCGCGAAGAAAACGGCCGACGACAUCAUCUGGACGAUGUUGCAGCGCAAGCAGGAAACGCUCAGCCGCGUUGGCCUGUGCAAUGAGGAUUUCUCCGACGCAUCCAGCGUGCAGGCGCCCUGCAAUGCAGGGAAUAUAGAACCGUUCCUUAACAAAUCCCUCUCACCCGGUGGUGGACCGAGAAAAGGCACACUAGAUGGGUUUGUGCAGCGUUCUAGCCCCGCUGUCCCGCCGAAGCCACAGCCGACAAGCAGUACAAACACAAAAGAAAACGCCUGCUUCGAUAACUUUCUCAGCCCGGACGAUGAUGAUGAUGAUUUGGCAGGAUUGGAAUUGUAAGAUAAAGAAGGGGGGAAAAAGAAGAGCCGUACAAAUUGUUUGUUACAGAAA